AUGGCUCUUCAAUGGCUAAGCUUAGUUGGCAUAAUCUGGCUUCAAUCCAUAAGUGCAACAAACUCAAACUUCCCAGCUUACUCAUCUCAGCUCAAGCUUCUUCUUUCCCUCUCGCAGCUUCAGCUCAACAACUUAGCUUUUGCUUCUGAUGCCGGAAAGCUCUUCGGCUUCUUUUCUGGCAUGGCGGCUGUUUAUCUCCCUCUUUGGCUUGUCCUUUUAAUCGGUUCUGCACUCGGGUUCAUCGGCUAUGGUGUUCAGUAUCUUUUCCUUCUAACAAAUAACAUCUCUGCUUUGCCGUACAGUCUAGUUUUUCUGCUGACAGUUUUGGCUGGUAACAGCAUUUGUUGGAUCAACACGGUCUGCUACGUGAUCGCGAUCGAAAACUUCCCGUUAGAUCGACAACUUGCAGUCGGGUUAUCCACGAGUUACCAAGGUUUAAGUGCAAAGAUUUAUUCGGACGUAGUUGAUGUGGUUUUCAAGUCACCAUCGUCAUCAUCAUCAAGAGCUGAUCAAAGAGCAAGAUCAUAUCUUUUGUUGAAUUCCAUGGUACCCCUCGUAGUUUGUUUGAUCGCAUCCCCUUUGGUUCGCGUGAUAAACACCGCAAGAUCCAAGAGACUAUCAGGUGGGUUUCUUGUGAUCUUUGCGAUCACCAUUUUUACAGGAACUUACGCUGUGAUAACCAGUUUGGGAUCAAGAAACAAAAGACUAUCUCCACCAUUGAUGAUCUUGAUUGGUAUGUGUGUGUUCUUGAUGGCACCAUUAGUAGUUCCAUUAAUGGAGAAAAUCAGAGAGAAUAUGGAGCAUAAAUGUUUGAUAAGAAGUUAUGGGAAGAAGAUAUGUGAUGAGAGCAGUAUGGAUGAUCAGGAAGAUGGGGAGAAGAAUGGGGGGGUGGAAACUGAACAAGUGGUGAAAGAUGAGGGGGUGUUAGUGAAUGAUGAUGAAGAGAUGGGGGUUAAAGUAAUGGUGAAAAGAUUGAAUUUUUGGUUGUAUUUCUUUGUGUAUAUGUUUGGUGCAACAGUUGGAAUGGUGUAUUUGAACAAUUUGGGUCAAAUUGCAGAGUCUCGUGGGGGUUCAAACACUUCUUCUUUGGUCUCCUUGGCUUCUUCUUUUGGUUUCUUUGGUCGUCUAUUUCCUUGUCUCCUUGACUAUCAUCUAUUCAGGGCUAAGUACAAGGUUUCAAGACCAGCACUGAUAGCACUAAUGAUGGUACCAAUGACACUAGCCUUCUUCUUACUUCUCAACAGUAGCAACAUUUGUCUUCAUAUAAGCACCGCCACCAUCGGGAUAUGCACUGGUGCCAUCACAUCGAUCUCUGUGUCAACCACUGCAGAGCUUUUCGGGACCAAAAACUUUGGUGUGAACCACAACAUUGUCGUCACCAAUAUCCCAAUAGGGUCGUUCUUGUUCGGAGACAUGGCAGCAUUACUUUACCGCGAACAAGGGCUUGCCAAUGGAGAUGGAAAAUGCAUGGGGAUCAAAUGUUAUCAAACAAGUUUUAUCAUUUGGGGAUCCCUUUGCUUUUUAGGGACCUUUUUGGCCAUAAUUCUUCAUUCAAGAUUUAAAAAGACUUAG